AAACAUCGAAAAUUCUUGAGACAUCUUCAGUUAUUGUUCAAACUGUGUCAAGUGAAUUACCAACUACAACCCCCAACAAAAAUUGAAAAUGAUGACUAGAUCUGCAAUUAUCGUUUUGGCCCUGGCAAUUUUCGGAGGGAUUGAAGCAGUGCCGACGGAUUUGACGACCCCAGUUCCAACAGCCGUGCACCAACCACAAGACCCGGCAGCCACCUUCGUACCCCACCAAACCUACCCUUAUGCCGACACGUACGGAGGGUACCUGUACCCAGUAGCCUACCAGCCUCAAAACGAUGGCUACAUGAACGCUCUGGUUCCAGCUGCUCAGGGCGCCCUUCAAGUGGCUCUGCGAGUGUUUGCUAAAGUGGGAUUGUUCCUGAUGGGCGGGCUUACCCUGCUGGUAAUCGGCGGCCUGUUCACCACCGCAGUCUGCUCCUUGACGCCCUUGUGCACCAUCUCGUUCAUGGGUCUCGGCGGCCUCGACAAGGACUCGAUGCGCUCCUUCAUGACCCCCGAUCGCAUCUCAGCUGCCGCCGCCCUCAUCCAGGACGCCAUCGGCAAAUACCAGCGUCUCCAAAGGGCCACCGGCAACUAGGAAACGAUGCGUUGUAAGUGAUUGAUUUUUUGAGGCUUAACAAGAACGGCUUUUGGUUCCUCAACGAUGGUUUUAUCAUCAUAGUCACUGUAAUUAAGUUAUAUUAUUAAUUUUGUUAAACAACCGAAUGUCUAUAUUAAUAUCAUUGUAUUUAAUUAUUACAUUUAACGUUAAUGACCUCAUUUACCGUAUAUUAUUAACAAUUUAUUUAAAAAAUAACAAAUAGUUUUAAAAACAUCCGGGAUCAAAUAAAAUUCUAUCGAAUUCUAAGUUAAACAAAAUGAGGUCAUUUUUAUAUAUACAUGUUAUUAUCAGAUUAGUUUUUUACAUACUUUGUGCAUCCACUUCAUAAUUUUAUAAUUGUUUUGCCACAUCAAUUUAUUUCAAAAUAAUUAAAAAACAAUUCUUGUACGUGCAUAAUUAUAAUUAAUAUAAUUAAUAAUUGUAAUAGUUACUCCCGAAGUAAAAUUAAACAAAAAAAACAAAUAUUACCAAAUAUUAAAACAAAUUAAGGUUCAUCCGAAAAGUUCAAGUAUUUUUGCGCAUAUUGAUCGAUCUAUGUUUUUCAUUCAUUUUAAUAAUUACGUUAAUUAGUGCUGAGGAUGUUUCCACUAGUAAUAAUUUAGAUAAAUAAUUACAAAAUUCCAUGUAUGAUAUUCAUGAUUUAAAGUUUAAUUUGAUUGGUCACAUUCUUUGCACUUUGUAUAAUUUUAGUUUUAUUAGUAUUAAUUUUAAUUAAUUUAGUUAGAAUAGAUACUAACAUUUAGUGUAGUUUUUGAUGAAAAUUCCCAGUUUUCUCAUCGUAUUAAGUAAGCCACAAGGAUAAAGACUGACCUAAAUGAGGCUCCAGAAUUGAUGACAGGUAGUUCUUAUUUCCAAAAUGUACAUAUAUGGACCAACCACCACUUUCUGGAUGUGUACAGACCAAUUAUUAUUAGGACGAAUAUCAAAUAUUCUAAAAUUCAGUUUAAAAAACAAAAUUAAACCAAAUCAACCAUUAAAAUUGUUAAAAAACAGUAUUAUUAAAGAUUCCUAUUAGUUUAAGCCUACUAACAAAUUCCACAACUACUAACAAAUCCGAAUGACAACCAAAUUUUGUACAGGUUAAUAUGGAGCACGAUAUAUAUCGCUCUGUAUUGACGAAUUGGUUGGCAGGGAUGCAAAUACUCCUAAAACUAGUUCUAAGAUUCGCGUUAAUUAACACAGAGCGAACAUUUUUGAAUCGUAACAUAGACAGAACUCUCAUAAAUCCAAGUGCAUACCAACUUUGUAUAGGAUUAUGCCAAAAGUAAUAUUCUAUUGAAAAUAAAACUAUUGGCAUAAUCGAUUGGAUAUGUGGUGAUUUAUGAACUGUAAAUAAGUAGUUUUUAAAUAAUUAGUGUACAUGAUUAUAAGGGUGAAGAAAAAAGUAUGACAGAUGUUAGAAAUUAGAAUUUAAAUUAGUAGUUGGAGUGUCAUAAACCUUAUUCUGAAUUCGUAAUUCAGAAAGAGGUUCGUGCUUUGUAAAUAAUGAGUGUACAUGAAAUUGCUGCCAAGAAAUUUUUACUUCUCGAAAAUACUGAUUUCAAUUUUUCGAGUUGUUCGGAACAAAAUUAAUAUAAAGAUAAUAAUUUAAGUGUACGAUUAGUAUUAAAGAAAUAGCCAGGAACAGAUAGUUUAUAUUCGGCAAUAAUAAGUUUAAAUUAGUUUAAAGUUUAUUAUUGCUUUCUAAAAUUUACUUAACAUAAUUUACUCAAAAUCUAAUAUUAUAUCAAAUCUCUCACAAUAUGUUUAGUUGUCUACUUUUCGUAAUAUAUAUUAUACUAUUCUAUAUAUGAUUAAUUAGAUAUAAUUCUGCUGCUAUAUAAUAUAAAAUAAUUAAACUGUGAUUGGAAUUCUAAUGAAUAUUAGUAUUAUCAAUAAUUUUAAUAUUUUCUGAUAUUUAUAAUGGAAUAAUUAACAUUGAAUAGUUUAGUCAUGAUUGGUAUUAAUAACAAGUGCAAGACUGGUGUUGUUUACUUAAAUUGAUUAGUUUUGACCAACAAAAUUAAUCGAUUAAAACCACACCAUAAAAAGUAAACUAUACACAUUUUUCAUUAUUUUUAUGUUAAUAUGAUAUUUACUAAUACUUAAUUUUAAAAUAUUAACUAACCGUUCAUAUACUGACCUGAUAGUAAUAAUAAAAUAGUAUACACAAAAAUCACUUAAUUUACGACUGGUCAAUAACAGAUUUGGUGCUUAAAAUAUUACAAUAAAAAAAAUAUGAAAUAUAUUGAAUCCAUUAACUAUUUGGUCAAUUCAUGAAGUCCUAACGUAUUGCUUGAUUAAAUUUAUUUCUUUUCUUUAAUAUUUUUAGUUGUAAUUUUUAAUUGCUUCCGGACAAUAUUAGUUUAGACACAAUGGUGAUGGUAUUAAAAUAAAUGUUAAUAAGUUUAACAGUUCUUCAAAAACGCCAAUUUUUGUACAGGUUGGCUUAGAAUUCACCAUUCGAAAUAUUGUUUUGGACGAUGAAUUCUGAGCUUGACAAUUUGGUGAUAUACGAUGAACUGGUACCUAUCCAAUUAAAAUUUAGUGUUAAUUCAUAAGAAUCGAUAAAUAUAUUCCAUAGAUUUAGUUUUAUAGAUUACAAAAUACUCAGGAACAACAUCGUCGAUCAAUAUUCUACGAAAAUACCAGAACUUUUUGUAAAAUAAAUAUUUAAUUAAUAUUCAAAAUUUUAUCCGAUAUAGCUUCUAUGCAUAAACAAAAAUUGUUGGCUUUAUUUUCUCUCUAUAAAAUUAAAUUCUUAACAUCAAAAUUAUACAAUAUUUAAAAUUUUUAUUGAUGUGGUCAAUUCCUAAUUUACAUUGGUUAAUAAAUUUCUCAACAAUACUGAAUUUGUAUGAAGUGUAAUGUUAUUUUUAAUAAAUUUUAUAUAAAUUAA